AUGUCGAUCGUACCUCAGGGCGAGGUGGCGCGGGAGAGCGGCGGUGGGCUGUUCCUGUACCCUCAGUUGACGACGACAAACUACACGAGCUGGUUGAUUCGCGUGCAGGCGAUGAUGAAAGAUCAAGGCAUCUGGGAGGCAGUCGAGCCAGCGGUUGGUGAGGUCAUCGACGAGAAGAAGGACAAGAAGGCGAGGUCGCAUCUCUUCCAAAAGCUCCCGGAUGAUCUCCUGAUGCAGGUAGCAAGGAAGAAAACUGUGAAGAAGGUCUGGGAUUGUCUCAAGACAAGGUUCGUCGGCGCGGAUUGCGUCAAGAACGUGGGGCUUCUACCGUUGAAGAGCGACUUCAAUGCCAUGCGCAUGCAGGAGGGAGAGAGCCUAGACCAGUAUGCCGGAAGGCUCAACAGCAUGUCCGUCAGGUACGCAAGCCUAGGGGAGAUGCUCAACGAUGCUGCAUUAGUCAAAAAGCUAUUCGACACCGUGCCAGAUCGAUUCUUGAGUGUGAUCGCCGAGAUCGAGCAGUUUUACGACCUCGACAAGAUGACAUUCGAGGAAGCCGUGGGGCGGCUUAAGGCGUUUGAAGAACGUAAUCGCUCGCGUGCAUCCGGUGGCAAUAGCAUCGAUGGCAGCCAACUUCUGUUCACUCAGGCCGAGUGGCAGGCGCGACAGAAGAAGGAUGGUGGUAACUCUUCAUCAAGCAACAAGGGCAAAUCCCACCUUGCUGUAGAAAGCAGCAACCGCGACCGGGGUGGUCAUGGACGCGACAGAGGCCGUGGCAAAAGUGGUCGCGGCGGGAUGUCGCGCAAUGACGAGGAGAGCGGCUUGGGCGGUGGUCGCCGCAACAAGAGCCAAAUCAAGUGUUUCAACUCCCACAAGAUGGGGCACUACGCAAAAGAGUGUAAGGCACCAAAGAAGAAGGAAGAGGAGACUCAUCUCACUUGUGUUGACGACACCGACCCGACCCUGCUACUCGUGGCGUCAGAAGAGCCAGCACAAGAACAGUAG